AAAUUUUUGGCGUCUCCAGUGUGGCCACGUCUGAGCGAUGGUGGCCUCUCCAACGACUGGACUACCAACGCACGAUUGCCCAUCUCGUCUUGCAAAGAAGAUAGGAGAGAGGAAGCUGAAAAUCAUUGGCCCAAGAGAAAACCUUGCUAGGCUAGCAGGGCACAGCAAGAACAAGGCCAGAACCAAUGGCGGCGACAGCUACACUUGCUGCCCCCUCCUUCUUGGCACAUCAGUCGAUCUUGAGCCACAAGCCUCUGAGGAAGCUUGGUCUAUCCCUGGAACUGCCAAGAACCAGAUCUGUCAAAAUUAGAGCUGCAAAGCUGCCUGCAGGGGUUGAGGUGCCGAGGAAGCAGCCAAAGCUGAGUGAGCCCUUCCUGGGUUUCACCAGGACUGCAGAGAUAUGGAACUCCAGGGCCUGCAUGAUUGGCCUCAUUGGCACCUUCAUCGUGGAGCUGGUGCUGAACAAGGGCAUUCUUCAGAUGAUUGGUGUGGAAGUCGGCAAGGGACUUGAUCUCCCUCUUUAAAUGCUAGUCCAUAUAUAUUUUGUACCAUAUAUACUAUGAGAUUUAUGCAGUGAAAUUAUUAGAACAAAGAGGGAUUUUCACUUCUUGUUUGUACUAAUAUCAUCAGAGAGAUAUAUAUCUGACGGUGUUUUGCCUGCCUAUUC